AUUCUUUCUUACAUUAAAUAUAAUAAUCAAGAUAAGAACAAAUUUGUAAUCCAACCAACAAGCACUACCAUUUGCGUCUAUCUUCCCCAGGACAAGCUGCCAUGGCGGAACCCAGGAGAACAGCACCGUCUCUGUUUUCCUCCAUUUUCUUGCUGCUCUUCACUCUAUCAUGUCUCUUCGCCCCUUUUGACGCUCAACAACAGUCACCCAUCAAGACCAUAGUGGUCUUAGUCAUGGAGAAUAGAUCCUUUGAUCACAUGCUCGGCUGGAUGAAGAAGUUCGUCAAUCCAUCCAUCAAUGGCGUCACCGGAGAUGAAUGCAAUCCCGUUUCAACGACGGCCCCGAACCCACACUCCAUUUGCUUCACAGACGAUGCCGAGUUUGUGGAUCCGGAUCCGGGGCACUCGUUCGAAGCUGUGAUGCAACAGGUGUUUGGUUCUGGCUCCAACUCCAUUCCCUCAAUGAGUGGUUUUGUGGAACAGGCGCUUUCAAUGUCUCCUAACCUCUCUGAGACCGUCAUGAAAGGGUUCAAUCCGGAGGCGGUGCCGGUUUAUGCUUCUCUCGUGAGAGAAUUUGCGGUUUUUGAUAGGUGGUUUUCUUCAAUUCCGGGUCCGACCCAACCCAAUAGACUGUUUGUGUACUCUGCUACUUCUCAUGGUUCAACAAGCCAUGUUCCCAAGCAAUUGGCUCUAGGGUACCCACAAAAGACCAUUUUUGAAUCGCUUCAUGAGAAUGGUAAGAACUUCGGUAUUUACUUCCAAAAUAUUCCGGCUACUUUGUUCUAUAGAAAUUUGAGGAAAUUGAAGUAUGUUUUCAAGUUCCAUAAUUAUGGUUCCCGGUUCAAGAAAGAUGCUAGAGACGGCAAACUUCCUAGCUUAACAGUUAUCGAGCCGAGAUAUUUUGAUCUUAAGGUGUGGCCUGCUAAUGAUGACCACCCUUCUCAUGAUGUUGCUAAUGGUCAAAAACUUGUCAAGGAGGUGUAUGAGACAUUGAGAGCUAGUCCUCAAUGGAAUGAGACCCUUUUGAUCAUUACCUAUGAUGAGCAUGGUGGGUUCUAUGAUCAUGUUGAGACUCCUUUUAUGAAUAUUCCUAACCCAGAUGGGAACACUGGUCCUGCUCCUUAUUUCUUCAAAUUUGAUAGGCUUGGGGUUCGUGUGCCGACAAUUAUGAUCUCUCCUUGGAUCAAGAAAGGCACUGUUGUAAGUAGGCCCAAAGGACCUGCUCCAGAUUCUGAAUUUGAGCACUCCUCAAUUCCUGCAACUAUAAAGAAAAUGUUCAACCUCUCUUCCAACUUCUUGACUCAUAGAGAUGCUUGGGCCAGCACAUUUGAGGAUGUUGUUGGAGAGUUAACUUCUCCUAGAACUGAUUGUCCAGAGACAUUGCCGGAUGCUAUGCCUUUGAGGACUACAGAAGUGAAUGAAGAGAGUGAGCUCUCUGAAUUCCAGGGUGAACUGGUUCAACUAGGAGCUGUUCUCACUGGUGACCAUUUCUUGAGCAGCUUUCCUGGUGAGAUGAGCAAGAAGAUGACUGUGAGACAAGCUCAUGAGUAUGUGAGAGGAUCUGUAUCACGAUUCCUGAGGGCAAGCAAAGAAGCAAUCAAGUUAGGAGCAGAUGAAUCUGCAAUUGUAGAUAUGAGAUCAUCACUCACUACUAGAUCUUCAGUCCAUAAUUAGUUGAAUCCAUGCAAAUUUAUCUCUGCAUCCAUAUUUCCUACAGGAUUUAGGAUUAUGUGCAUCUUUGUUAAAUUUGACAAGAAUAAUAUAAUAAACUUUAUUGCUAGACUAGAAGUGAAUGUUGCAGUUACCAGUGUCAUAUAUCAUGUUCUCCCAAAUGCCAUGGUGUUUAUAAUUUAUAAACAUGGUCCGAACAGAUAUCCACUUGCAUGUCUGGGAAUGAGCUGCAUUUUCUUUUAAGCAUCUCUAUGUACCUCCUUUUGUUAAUACAAAGCUAGUAACCAC